AGUCAUUGCUGUCACUGAGCUAAGAUGGUGUUACCUUGCUCCCUGUGGCUCCUUUCUGUCUGUCUUCUGUCUUGGUGUUGUGAUGCCGAGUUGCCUGUGGCUCUGGAACCUGAGUCAGAAUCAGUCCCACAACAUCCAUUGCACAAGACUACAGUAGACAUCCUUAUGAUCGUGGUUUCCAUGAAAACCUCUAACGAAACACCAAAAUCUGGAACUUAUGGCCAGUCUCUACAGGAUGGGAAGAAUAAGAUAAAGGAUGUGGAGAACGAAGUCCUGGAUGUUUGUUCCCAAGUAUGUCAGAGUCUUGCUCAGAAUCCUAAAUUGCAGCAUGGAUACAUUGUUAGGGCAUACUUUAAGGAACACCAGCUCCUGUGUUGUUCCUGAUGUGUGUCUAAGUGAAUGGCUGAUUCUCUGGAACUGAACUUACAGACAGCUGUGGGCUUCCAAGUCAGUUCUGGGAAUAAAACUGAAGACCUGUAGAAUGUAACUAACUUAAGAGCCUCUGCUCUCAACUGAUGAGCUUAUAUCCAGGCCCAACUUACACUUCUUUAUCUGGAUCAUUUAGUUUUCUAGUCUUCAUCAACAUGAUUUUUUCGUUUUCUAAUUUAAAAUUGAGUCUUCCUUUGUAUCCCAGUCUGGAAUCAGAAUUUAGCAACACUCCUGUGUUGGCCUUCCAAAUACUACUGAAAUACAAUAUCAUUUAAGUUCAGACCCCAUUUUAAAAAAAAAAUGUGACCUAAGUUUGAACGCAAGUAAACUAACAAGCAAGUACCAGCAUUAGUUUCCAAGUUACCCCAUAAUAAAACCUGGUUAUAGAUCCAGUAUCUAGGCUAAUGCUCAACAAGACCAGUGUCUCCAGAUUAUUCCUCCAACACAUCUGCACCCAAGAUUACAAACUUACCCCUUGCCAAAUGACCAACAAUACAGAAGGGAACAAAAGUUAAAUUUAUGGUAUGACUCCCAGCAACCAAUUUAACCAUAAUUUACCAAUUAUGUUAAAGGCCACCGUAGCUUUCCAUUUAGAUGCUCACACACAUAUUUGCUGUUUGCUGCUUACUAAAAAGCUAUGCUCUAAUAGACAUUGGGGGGCCCCCCCACUAGCAAAAAUGUCCUGUAUGACUGCAGUUCAUUUGGAGGGCGUGAGGUAGCGCAAAUAGAAUAAAGACCCAGCUGUGAAUUGC